AACUCAUGGUUCUAUACUCACAGUAGUUGUGAUCUAAAGCUUGAUCCCUCGUUAGCAGAUCCUGGAGGAGAAGGAAAAGGCGCAUUCUCCAACCAUGGCGGUAAGUCCACGCCUCAGGAUGUCUAACUCAAGAGGUAUUGUCGUCUCACAGCCCUCACAGACCCCCAUCGAAGAGACCGAAUCCCAAAUCGGUACCUUCUCCAUCAUCCAGUGGAUCCAUACCCUCCUCCACCGCUCCAACCCCUCUCCCCCCUCCUUCACCCCCCUCUCCACCACCACCCCCGACCGCCUCUCCCACUCGCAGGCCGAACAGCCCAUCGACCUGGACUCAUACGACCCCUCGGCCCAGAAAGACACCGUCCUCUAUCUCGCCUACGGCUCCAACCUCUGUGACGCCAAGUUCCAGGGCGACCGCGCCAUCCGCCCCCUCUCCGCCGUCAACGUCCACGUCCCAUCUCUUAAACUCGCCUUCGACCUCCCCGGCCUCCCCUACAUGGAGCCCUGUUUCGCCAACUCGAACCUGCGCGACCCGGAGUCCGAUGAGAAACACCCCUCAGAGGACAAAACGGACUCGGACAAUAGUGAUGAGAACGACGGUGCGGGCAGCGCGCUGCUUCCAAAAGACCCGCCACCCAACCACCGCAACACCCCCUGGACCAAAGGCCUCGUCGGCGUCGUCUACGAAGUCACCCCCUCCGACUACGCGCACAUCAUCGCGACCGAAGGCGGCGGCGGCAGCUACCAUGACAUCGUCGUCCCCUGCUUCCCCAUCGACGCAAACCUCCCCUCGCUCCCCACCCCAACCGCCCCCUCCUUCAAUGCGCACACGCUGUACUCCCCGCCGCUGGAUCCGGGCGCGGUCGGUAUCCCGCGCCCGGAUCCGGGAUACGCGCAGGCGUCGGCGCGGUAUCUGAAGAUGCUGGCGGACGGGGGGAGGGAGCGGGGGUUGCCCGGGGAUUAUCGGAGGUGGUUGGAGGGGUUGGAGGCGUAUACGGUGACGACGAGACGGCAGCGGGUGGGAUCGGUGGUGGUGGGGGUGGUGUGGUUACCGAUGAUUGUGUUGCUGUUUGUGUUGACUCGGGUGUGCCAGGGGGCGGAUGGGAGGAGUCCCGGGUGGUUGGUGGGGGCUCAGAAAGCGGUGUUUCAGGCGGUGUGGGUGAGUUACGAUACUAUAUUUAAGUCGGUGUUUGGGGAUGGGGAGAGGACGGUACAUGAUGGUGAAAAGGAUUGGUGAUAUUGCUGGAAGUCUAGUAGAUCCCUCAUAGCAUUUUGAGCCUUGAGCAAAACGACAGAAUCAAACCCCCAAAUAGUAAAAGCUGGUCCACCUCGGUGGUGACCCCGAAACCCUACGGGUUUGCGAAUUAUUUUUCUGUGGCAUCUGGAAUUCCAGCGCCGCUGAUCUUUUGCUAUGUGGGUGCUAGCCUCUGUAGUCGAACCUGCGUAUGCAUCUAACAAGUGAA